UAAGCUGUUAGAUGGUGCUCGCAACAGCUCACAAUGUCACUGUCACCAAACACAUCGAAUAAAGUAGACAAUAGCUCACUUGUUGUGUAUUUUAAGGUAGAAAAGAAAGAAUUUCAUAGGUUUUGUACAGUAAUUUCUAAGAAAUAGCAGUCCAAAAUUAUGGCAUCCCCACAGAAUGAGCUCGAUGUCAAACAACCAUUGGAUGACACAUCAGACAAUGAAUUUCAUGAUGCCGAAGACAAUGACAAAGAAGCGUUGGAAGAAAAAUUCUCGGAUGCUCUGGAUUUAAAUGAACCAAUCGAAUCUGAAAAAGAACCCGAAGAAGAACCGGAACCAGAGCUCAGCGAAGAAGAAUUGCAGGCGAAUAAAGAAAAGGCUGAAAGUUUGAAACAAGAAGGCAAUUCCGCAUUCAAGAAUGCUGAAUAUGAAAAGUCAAUCGAUUUGUACACCGAAGCAUUAGCUAUUUGUCCAAAGAAAUGCACCGUCGAACGGGCCAUUCUGUUUAACAACCGUGCAGCAGCCCAUAAACAUCUCGGUGCACAAAGUGUUGCCAUUGAAGAUUGUACAAAGGCCAUCGAAAAUAAUCCCAACUAUAUCAAGGCGUACGCAAGACGAGCGACUCUCUAUGAAGAAACCGAUAAGUUGGACGAAUGCAUGGCCGACUACAACAAAAUUCUUGAGCUUGACCCAAGUAGCGUUGAGGCCAAAACACAUGUGACCCGUUUGCAACCGAUUGUUCACGAACGCAAUGAACGGCUCAAGGAAGAAAUGAUGGGAAAACUCAAAGACUUGGGCAAUAUGAUACUCAAACCAUUCGGAUUGUCAACGAACAAUUUCCAACUUCAACAAGAUCCAAACACUGGCUCUUAUUCCGUGAAUUUCCAACAAAAUCCACCACGUUCAUAGUCUCUAGCCAAUUUGCAUUCGCCUUUAUUUUGUAAAUUAAAUGAAGAUUUUAUCGAAAAAUAUCGAAAUAGACCAAUUUCUAUUCAGAUUUAACUCAUUUGGCUCUUUUUUGUAGUGGACGUGAUAAAAAAUAAGAAAUUCAUCAAUUAUUCUUAAGAAUUGGUUGCAAUAAAUGGUGCCACAAAGUACAAAACAAAUCUAUAUUUUUGAUGUCGAAUACUGGAAAAAAGAAUUUUUUUUCACAUAAACCAGAAAUAAUUGCAUUUAUCACCUUGAUGUACUCAUCGCAUGGUUUGCUAGCGAUUAAAUUGUAUUUUUUUUUGCAAUCAA